ACUCGGAGAAAGAGGCUGGAGAGUCAAGCUGGCCACUUACUGCACCUCUGGUGAGUUCGCCACUUCCCUGCUCUCCAUCACAUGCCCGUCGGCCCCCAGCCCCGCGCUCGGAACCCGCCGCUCUGGCGACUCAGCCGGCCUCGUGGACCUUUUCUCUCCCGGACCUGUUUCCGGGCGGUCCGCGCGGUUGGAACGUGUUAGGGCCGAGGUUCCCAGGACUUGGAAGAGGACGGGCGUGAGCAACCAUGGCCGAGCAGUGCUUCCCGGUACCCCGGCUCGAGGGCGUUUCGCAGGAGCAGUUCAUGGAGCACCUGUAUCCGCAGAGAAAACCUCUAGUGUUGGAAGGAAUUGAUUUGGGGACAUGUACAAGCAAAUGGACAGUGGAUUACCUAAGCCAAAUUGGAGGGAGGAAAGAGGUGAAGAUUCAUGUUGCUGCAGUUGCCCAGAUGGACUUCAUUAGUAAGAACUUUGUGUAUAGAACUUUACCUUUUGGCAAGUUGGUUCAGAGGGCAGCUGAAGAAAAGCAUAAGGAAUUCUUUAUUUCAGAGGAUGAGAAGUACUACCUACGAUCACUUGGAGAAGACCCUAGAAAGGAUGUUGCAGAUAUCAGAAAGCAGUUUCCUUUAUUGGAAGGAGAUAUUAAGUUUCCAAAAUUCUUCAAAGAAGAGCAGUUCUUUUCCAGUGUUUUUCGAAUUAGCUCACCAGGGUUACAACUUUGGACCCACUAUGAUGUAAUGGAUAACUUAUUAAUACAAGUGACAGGAAAAAAGCGUGUUGUACUAUUCAGUCCUCGAGAUGCCCAAUAUUUAUAUUUAUCAGGUACUAAAUCAGAAGUACUGAAUGUAGAUAACCCAGACUUAGCUAAAUAUCCACUGUUUUCCAAGGCUAGACGGUAUGAAUGUUCCCUUAAAGCUGGAGAUGUAUUAUUCAUUCCUGCUUUAUGGUUCCAUAAUGUAAUAUCUGAAGAGUUUGGAGUGGGAGUGAACGUCUUUUGGAAGCAUCUUCCAUCUGAAUGCUAUGAUAAAACGGAUACCUAUGGAAACAAAGAUCCUACAGCAGCAUCAAGAGCUGCACAAAUUUUGGACAGAGCCUUAAAAACCCUGGCUGAAUUACCAGAGGAAUACAGGGACUUCUAUGCACGGCGAAUGGUCUUGCACAUUCAAGACAAAGCCUAUAGCAAAAACUUUGAAUAAAUAUUGAAGUGAAUGCAGUGAGCAUAAACUUUUAAAUACAGUUCAACUCAAAUACUGGAGAAGUAUAACAAGAUGUAAAUUAUUUUUUUAAAGAUUUAUCCUUUGUUAAAAUAGGAAAGAUAAAUCAAUCUCAGAUUUACAGAUUAAAGAAGUAUGAAGGCAUGUUUGUGUGGUUUCUACUUAAUACAGAUUGUUAUGGUUGAAAAAGUGCUGCAGUGGGACAGCUCUUUAGCUUUCAGGUGCAAAUAACUAAAAAUCCAACUUAAAAUGACCUAAACAAUAAGAAAAUGUAUUGAAUCAUUAUACAUGAAGUCUACUGAUAGAAAGGGCUUCAGUAUUUCUAUUUCAGUGAUUCAGAAGGGUCACCAGGAAACUUUGGGGGUUUUUUUCUCCCGUUUUCAACUGCAGCAUUGGCAUCAUACUAGUGCUGGCUUCCCUCGUGGUCAUGGGAUGGCUGCCAGUAGCAGUUGGGGCUGGGUACAUGUUCAUUUACAUGAAGUGGAGGAAUCAGGGGAUUCCAGGGGCCCUCUUAACAUGCAAAGCUUUCCCAGAAUUUGCCGCCAGAUGCUUGGGUCUCAUUGAUCUAAAGUGGCUUAGACCUGUCCAUCCCUGAGCCAGUCACUGGUAAAGGAUAUGGAAUAACUCUUAGGUCAGUUGGAGCUACUGGAGCUGGAAGUAGAAUCCGCUGCCCCUGAGACACAUGAGGUAGAAUGGAUAAUUUUUAGAAUCAGAAUCCAGAUAAGGAAAAAACAUGGGCAACGAACAAUAUGUACUACAUUAAUCUUUUGAGCUUUUUAUAACAUACAGAUGCCUAGGCCCCAUCUUUGUAGACUCUGAUUCAGUGUUUUUAGGGUUUGGCAUAGGUAUCUAUUUAAUAGAACUCAUAGAUUGUUUUGAUGCAUAAUUAGGAUUGAGAACAACUGGAUUAGAUGAUAGUGAUUUGGACUAUUAGUUUUGUGAUUUGUCCAAAGCAAGUGUUUAAUCUGAUCCUGGUUUUCUUGGUACCCAGUAAGUUAGGCCUGCCCUUUUCAGUUUUUGAAUGUCAGAAAAUAUUCAAAUCAGUUUUAAUUUAUACCUAUGGCUAAACUUUAACCUAAUUCAAGUUUUCCCCAGUAGAUGUUUUCUGCCUAUCCCCCUUUUUUAAAAAAAAUUGCUUUUAAGAAUGAAUACAUGAGAGAUACCAAUAACAUCAUUAUUGAAGACAAUCAGCGAUUGUAUGUGGAUCUAUGCCAUUCUUUGUUUUGCACCUAGUAAUUUUAUUGCAGUGUCAUUGAAGAAAGCCCAUAUAUAUUUACUGAAUACAAAUGUGCCCAUCUAAAGCAAUCUGAGUACAUCGAUUUAGUGCAGUUUAAUUAUGGAGAAAACUUUCUUUUAAAAAUAAUUUAUCCACUCAUACCGUGUUUGGAGUUGGAUUAAUUUCAGGUAUGAAAGGCAAAUUACAACAAAUAAGAAAGGAAAAGUAUAUAAAAAAAUUGUUCUCAACUUAACAGGCAUCUUUGGGAAGAGAGAAUGAAGUUACUCAGGUCAACAAAAGAAGUCUGUCAAAAAAAUUGUUUUAUAUCUAAUUAUUAGAUUUUGAUUUUUAUUAUUUCUUAGGUUAAGCAAAGAACUUCUUUAAUGAUUUUCUUUGGGAAGGAAAAAAAACCAGCAAAACCCCUUUUAGUUGGAAUAGUAUUUAGAGUCAGCUCUUUAAUAAACCCCUUUUUUUUUAACCAGUAAGAGAAUCAGUGCAAAAUAUGUAUGUCCAGGGUCAUGUGGAAAACUAGGAAGCUGAGAUUACAAUUUGCCUAACGAAUAUUCAUUUUAAUUCAGUUUAUUUGGAAAGUAAACUGGACUUUAGGCAAGUUAAUCUCCUAAGAAGCUUACUUUCCUCAUCUUUAAAAUAAAACUUGAACUUUAUAGGAUUGCUACAGAAAUAAAGGAGAUAGCUGAAGGGCAGGAACAUGGUUGAUGUCUGGUGCUAGCUUCCAUUUAAUAUUCCUUUGCUGAGAGAUUUGAGGUAGUUCCUGUUGCAACAUUAUAAUAUCUGCAAUACUGAUGAAUCCUUUGGGAGGUUUUAUUUAUUUUUGGGGGGGAGUUAAAAUUCCUGGUCAUAAUUUUUAAUGUUAGGGUCUUUUAUUUUUUUGGCCACGCUGCACGGCAUGUGGAAUCCUGGUUCCUUGACCAGGGCCUGAACCCAUGCCUGCCCCCUGCAUUGGAAUCGCAGUCUUAACCACUGGACUGCCAGGGAAGUCCCCUAGGGUCUUUUAUUUUAAAUGCAAAAUAUUUUAAUCUUUUUGCCUACCUGGCUGAGACCAAAUGAGAUGUUUUUCAUAUAUAAAAUAGUACACAGCAUGUUAGCUGCAACUUGUCAGGAAUUCCAAAUCUCAGAAUUUUGUUGCUGAAAGGGAUCUUAGAAAUCAUCUAGUCAAUCCAGAUUGCUUAAAUGACUGUCGAGGCUGACACAGCUGGGUGAUAGAAACUUGAAAUUAUAGUUGUGGUGCCCAGAUUAGUAACUCUCCAUUCUUACCCUUAGGUGCAGCUCAUCUCAGAUACUUAGGGAUACAUUAUAUAGUUAUUCUCUGGUUACAGUUCAGGGCCACAAAGGAAUUUUUUUCCUCUGCCAGUAAAACAACUCAAUGUGCUGCUUGCUACACAGACAAGAGAUACAAAGUAAGACUAAUGAACAGGUAGACAGCAGAGUGUAAUAUAAAAAUGGAAUAGCAUGCAGUCAAAGAAUGAGACAGGUAUAUGUAUGUACUGGCAAGGUAUUUUCCCAAGGUAAUUAAAUGAGAAAAAGGUUUGAAACUAUGAGUACAGUACGAUGCCAUUUGUGUAAAAGGUAUGCUGUAAAUAAACAUUUAUUUGUAUAUGCAUAGAAUUAUCUCUGCAAGGAUACAUGAGAAACCAGUGAUAGUGACUGCCUCUGAGGUUAGACAAGUAGAUGGGAAGACUGGAAUUUGCAGUUAUUAUCUGAUUUUUUUUUUUGCCCUGGUAUAUAUUAUUCUUUCAAAAUAAAUUUUAAAAAUACAUGCGAAGAUUGUAAUUAUUUUCUCCUCACAAACAUUAACAGUAUUUUUCUUGGUACAUAAUUACAUCUGAAUUCUAUUUAUUCAGUAAUUUCAAACUUGUCACUUCGAUGAAAUAUCAAAACAAGGGAAACAAGGUCAACAUGG